AUGAAGAGUUAUUGUAGAGAGAAAGAGCUCAAAGGUCGUCUAUGGGAAAGAAGCAAAGCUGCAUUCAGACAGGAUGGAAAAUUGAAUGAAUUGAAUGCGAAUGUAAAUGUACCUCAUGUUUGCCGUGAACAAGUUAAUGCCCCAGCGGCGCAGGUCUAUUUAGACA